AUGAAAAAGAAACAAUUUCCAACCGAAGAAGAAUUAAAAUCCCAAAUCGAACAAGAAAUAAAGAAAGUCUCCGAUAUACAAUCGCCUAGUUUAGGUGUAUUAAAAACUAUAUAUUCCUUAAUGGAUUUAACUUCAUUAAAUUCCACAGACGGACCUUUAUAAAUUCAAUAAUGGAUUGAGAAAAACAUAAUAAAGGUUUUAGAAAAACAUAACGACUUAAAACCAGCAGCAAUAUGCGUAUAUCCUAAUUUCGGAAACUAAGUGAGUAAAAAAGUGAAGAAAUUAAAGAUAAAAACCGCUGUAGUGUCUACUAAUUUUCCCACAGGAUAAACUUUUAGUGAAGUGAAAGAAUUAGAGACUAAAACUGCAAUUUAAUAAGGAGCUUAGGAAAUCGAUAUGGUUGUAAAUAGAGGAUUUUGGAAUGAAGGUCUAUGCGAUAAAGUUUUAAAAGAAAUUAGAGACUAGAAAAAAAUUUGCGGGAAAUAAGUUAAUUUGAAAGUCAUUUUGGAAACUUGUGAAAUAUAGUCUUUAGAAUCUAUAUAUAAACUCGGUUAUUAGGCUUUGGAAAAUGGAGCGGAUUUUAUCAAAACUAGUACUGGAAAAGGUAAGCAUGGAGCUACAUUGGAACAUUUUGCAGUUAUGUGUCUAGCUUUAAGAGAUUUUAAUUAAUAAAGGAAAUAAAGUAGGGGUAUUAAGGCUGCAGGGGGGAUUUAAGAUAGUAAAACUGCAGGAUAGUUUUAUUAAUUGGCUAUAAAUUUAUUAGAUAAGGUUAAUGGAGAUAAUUUGAGAUUUGGAACGUCAAGCUUAGCUGAAAAAUUAAUUAAAGAUAUUGAGUUAUUAGAAGAAAAAAAUAGAAUUUGGAAGAAUAGGAAGGAUAAAUAAAAUGAUUAGGAAUAAAAAUAGAAAAAACAAUAAAUACAAGAAUAUUGA